AUGAAUAGGAAAUAUUUAAAUAGUUGUAGUAGUUAUUUAAUAUUGUUGAUAUUUAUUUUUUUGAUUAUAAAUGAUGAUGAUGGGGGAUCAUCAUGUGGUGGAACAUGUUGUCAUGGUAGUGUAGUGGUGGAAAAAGAUGAUUAUAAUAUAGAAGAGGCAAAUACAUUGUUGGUACCAAUGGAGGGUGCUGGCAGUGCACAAUCAUUCCUGCAUCCUGGAGUAUCAAAAACAGAGACCAAUAUAUUGGGUAGUGCUCCAUCAUCUGACAUUCGAUACAGCUUUCCAGUGACACCUGGUAUGACCAAACAAGACUAUAAAUGCACGUAUCUUCGUUUUGACAUGAAUAUUGGUAUCGACCCUGGCCAGUUUUCAAUUCUAUCUUGUUGGUGCUCGACCAUCACUUGGUGUGGUGGGUCUGCAGACCAAUGGCGGCGCCAAGAAUCGGUUCAUGUUUGGUCUGUUUGCGUCCGAACGGUGGUCAGUGCCAAGGGUAACGGCACGUCCCAUCUACUCGCCAAAGACAACUCGGUGCGCGGUACCAUCAACAUGACCGCCAUCAUCCUGCCACUCAUCAACAAGAUCUCUAGUCAGGGGAUGGCAUGUCUCGACACACUUGCUGGAUUGCCCGGUAAACCAGACUAUGCCUAUCUCGUCGAAUGCUCAGACAGACGAACACAACACUAUGUCAUGUCAUCGAUGGACAACUCGAUUAGAACCACCAGUAACCUGUGUGUCUCCAUUUGCAACAUCACUCGUGUUACCCGAGGUGGACCGUGUUGUAUGAAUCGAUGUGAGAGUAAUGUCGAUCCUGCCAGCACUCCACUCACCCAACAAUGGAAGCUCCUUCCUCUCAACUACACCCACACUCGUCUCCAGUCGGCCAUGAACGCGUCUCUCUGUCUCACCGCAGUCUCUCCACUCACCCCCAGAAACCCCUAUGACCGUGCCGAACCACCCAUCCUCACGCUCCAACUAUGUCAACAAACCAAUGACCCCGAAUUCCUAUCCUAUUCAUCACAUCACCAAAUUUGGGCAAUUCCAUUUAAUCUUGAUCGUCUAGCUCAACAAAGAAAACUUGAAGAAGAAACAAAAACAAAAAAAAUGGAAGUUCUAAAUAAUUAA